AUGUAUAUAUCUACAUAAUACCUUCAUCUGUCAUAAUUUGGAAAGGGAUUAAGCUCUCCUUGACACCCUCCAUUGAAAUGAAGAAAUCUCUCUUCUUGCUUCUCUCACUCUGGGUCUUGUCAUCUGCUGCUACUUUGCUUCAGUGCUUGGCUCGCGAAAGCUCGAAAGAUCGAGAACAUGGCCAUGGAAUAAACUACACGAAGGUAGCGACGAAAGAAGAUCGCAACGAAAGAGAACUCGCGGAUUCAGACAAGAUUUAUUCGACAGAAAAGUCCGGUAAAGGAACUAAAGGAUCCAACGGCGCCUCCAACGUCGUCCAUCAACACCCAGGCGAAAAGAACGCUGCUGCACUGUUCUAUUCGCCUUAUCUCGUCGGCUCUAUCUUCUUUACGCUUCUUGCUUUCGUUGCGCCGUUAAUCUGAUGUCGAUAUUGCCUUAUCUGUAGUUGUCUUUGAGGGUGUGUUGUUUAGUUUUUGUUUGUUUUGCUAAUCAGUUCUGUGUAGAAUUCUUCCCAAGAAUGUAUACAGAAACUUAAUAAUCUCA